GGGGAAGAUGGCGGCGACGGCGGGGCGCGGGCUGCUGGCGCUGGGGCUGUUCCGCGGGCGGGUCGCCAUCGUCACCGGCGGCGGCACCGGCAUCGGCAAGGCCAUCGCCGCCGACCUGCUGGCGCUAGGUUGCAGUGUUGUUAUUGCCUCUCGUAAAUUUGACCGAUUAAAAGCUGCUGCAGAAGAGCUGAAUAAUAGAUUUACUUCCAUGAGUCCUGCCCAAGUGACUCCCAUACAGUGCAAUAUCCGCAAAGAAGAAGAGGUAGAAGCUUUGGUGAGGUCUACACUGAGUCUGCAUGGGAAGAUUGACUUCCUGGUGAAUAAUGGAGGGGGCCAGUUUGCAAGUCCUUCUGAAGCCAUCCGUGCAAAAGGCUGGAAUGCUGUGAUAGACACAAAUCUGACAGGGACCUUCUAUUGUUGCAAAGCAGUGUACAAUGCCUGGAUGCAGGAACAUGGAGGAGCCAUUGUCAACAUUACUGCUGCCGUGAGAAAUGGCUUUCCUGGAAUGUCGCACACAGGAGCUGCAAGAGCUGCAGUGAAUAACCUAACCAAGACUUUAGCUUUAGAAUGGGCUCACAGUGGAGUGAGAAUCAACAGCGUUGCUCCCGGACUGGUAUUUUCGGAAACUGCUGUUGCAAACUAUGGAGAACAAGGUGUAAUGAUGUGGUUAAAGAGCAUACCAAAGGUUCCUGCCAAGAGGUCAGCUGUUCCUGAGGAGAUCUCUCCUGCAGUAUGUUUCCUGCUGUCUCCAGCUGCAUCAUUCAUAACUGGGAUAACCAUGGUUGUGGAUGGUGGCCAGAGUCUGUACAGCAAUACUCUAGAAAUACCUGAUCAUGACAGAUGGCCCUCACCACCAGAAGGAAAAAAUUCUGAAAUGCUGAAAAAGCUUCUUUCUGGCGAGUUCAAACCAAAGCUAUAAAAUGAAGAUAUUUUACCUUGUUCCCAGUUGCAGCCUUGCUGAUAAUGUCACUUUGUGAUUUAGCCUUAUUAUUCUCAGUAAUAUUUUUUUUUCCUCAUAUGUAACUACAUUAAGUGCCUUGAUUUUUUUGUUGGUUUAUAUUUAAAACUUUUGAAAGGCUUUACGUUGUACAUCUCUGUAAACACUCACCCUGAAAACAUUCAAUCUUUUGGGAAGGGAAAAUAUUAAAAAGACAAACUAUCCAUUUGCAUGGGCAUCAAGUAAUGAAGAAUCCCAGCCAGAAGUGAAUAAAAGGAAUACUGAUUUUGCAGUGAAGGUAGCCAAGAGGGAAUGUUUAGGAAUCCUUCUGUUCUUGAUGAAUUUGCGGAGAAGGUAAAUCUUUUUCUAUUAGUUGCAUCAGUAGCCCUUGGGUAAGUGUUAGCUGUAUUUCUGUUCACUCACAUACUGAGUAUUCAACAAUGGUUUUAAAGACAAAAUAGAGUAAGUAUUUCUCUGAAAAUAAAUAAAAAUAAGAUGGAAUACUGUUAUUAAUGUUUCAGACAAAUAUGGCAUAUCAUAUUUGGAGCGUUUUGAAUUGUUUGCAGAUAUAAUGACAUAAUGGUGUUAAGCUGGCUGCAACUUGAUUACAGAAUAAGCAGAUAAUAAAUACAGUGAUAGAAAACAGUAUAGAUUCAACAAUUUAGCAUGUAAAAUCUGUGGUGUAUAUUGUAGUGCUCUCUGCAGUAUGCUACACUAGUAAAUGAGAAUUUGGAAUUCUUCAUCUUCCAGCUAAAACAUCUUUUAUCCAUACUGUGUUGUCUUACAAUGUUAAUUUUGUUCAUUACUGCCUUUAGAUGUGGUUUUUGUGAACAAUGAAGAGAUGCCAUUUAAAAACUGGAAAUCUUGUAAUACAUCCCUUGAAGAAGCUAUAUUUGUAAUUUUUUUAUUCAUUUUAAGGCAAAUGUUCCCAUUCUGCUAACUUUAGUGAAAAUAUAAAAAAUAUUAAAGACUGUGCUUGUUUGCUGUAAAAACUGAAAUUCCUGGAAUCUAGUUGCUGCUAUAGAAAGGAACUUUAAAUACUUAAUUUUGGACUGAAUGUAAGAGUCUGAUGGAUGUUUGAUUUUUGUGUCUUUCAGUAAAAUAUGUGUUCUUA